GUGAGCACCUUCUGUAUGAGUUUUUCCAUAGUGGGGGUAUGCACUCUGUAUGGAUUUGUUUGCACCUUGGUGUUGUGCGCCCUGUGCGAGUACGUUUGCACUUUGCGCUCACUCCGAGUUCUGCGCUGCGAACGGGAGAGCCGGUCUGCGCAGGCGCAGCAGUCACCAGCCCGCGCCAUGUCUGAAGCAAAUGGGUCGGCGCCCGGGCCUUCGGCCGCCAAAGCCGCAUCCAACGCCAAUCCUUCACCUGGUGAAGAGAAUAAGAACAUCCAGCAACAACAGUUAGGGCAAGAAUUGUCCAGAGAAGAAAAGCAGCGAUUAAGGAAAGAGAAAAAGCAACAUAAGAAAAACAAGAAGGAAGGCAAGACUCCAGAUGUUGGAAAUUCUUUUACAACAGAUGUCCCAAAAAAACAACAGAAAGAUGCAACAGCAAAUGCAGCAUCAGGCGACACACCUGAAAAGGGUCCAGUAGGAAAAGCAAAAAGUGAAAGAGCAGAGCGUAAAGCAAAGCAGGAUGAUCGUACGAAACAAUCCAAGAAAUCAGAUCAGAGCCAAUCUGUUGCUUCAAUGAAGACUAAGUCUGUCCCUAGCGAGCCUCUGCAAGUAAUAAAACGGCUCCCAGAUUAUGUGCAAGCAGAUGACCCUGCUGCUCUUAAAAAGUUGGCAAAAAAACUGGAACGGCAACAGGUUCCACUUAGGCAAGAUUAUGGCAACAAAGUUGGUCUGUUUUUACAUUUGCACCAGUACAGCCGCAAAAUGCCACUAACCCAGCAACUAACCACACCCUCAACUGUGCUUCAUCCUGCUAUUGUACGUCUUGGAUUGCAAUAUUCUCAAGGCAUCAUUACAGGGUCGAACGCACGGUGUAUAGCAUUAUUAUAUGCUUUUAAACAGGUUAUCCGUGAUUAUUCAACUCCACCCAAUGAAGAGUUGUCAAGAGACUUGGUCAAUAAACUCAAACCAUACAUCAGUUUUCUGAAUCAGUGCCGCUCGCUCUCAGCAAGUAUGGGAAAUGCUAUAAAGUUCAUCAAAAAGGAAAUCUCUAAUGUUGCCAGAAGUGUGAGAGAGGAUGAGGCUAAGACCAUGUUGUUAGAGCGUAUAGAUAACUAUGUAAAAGAGAAGAUACACUUGGCUGCAGAGGCUAUAUCGAAAUCAGCGGUUGAGAAAAUUAAUGAUGGUGACGUAAUUCUGGUUUAUGCAUGUUCUUCCUUAGUAAACUCCAUCCUUUGUGAUGCCUAUAAGCAUAAGAAGUUCAAGGUUGUAGUGGUGGACAGCCGGCCUAAACUCGAAGGAAGAGAGACCCUCCGGAAACUAGUUAAGAACGGGAUUCAUUGCACCUAUGUUCUGAUUGGUGCUUUGGCCUACAUUCUGCCAGAGGUCUCUAAGGUGUUCUUAGGAGCCCAUGCCCUUCUUGCUAAUGGUUAUGUGAUGUCACGUGUGGGAACGUCACAAAUAGCUCUUUUGGCAAAAGCGUAUAAUGUGCCAGUCCUGGUGUGCUGUGAAACGCACAAGUUUUGUGAAAGAGUUCAGACAGAUUCGUUUGUAUCAAAUGAACUGGAUGACCCUGAUGACCUUUUGAUGACCCGGCAUGGAAGAACCCCUCUUCAGAACUGGCAGGAAAAUCCAAAACUGCGCCUUCUGAAUUUGGUAUAUGAUGUAACACCACCUGACUUUGUUGAUUUGGUUAUCACAGACUUGGGGAUGAUCCCUUGUACCUCAGUACCAGUUGUACUGCGUGUAAAGAAUGUGGAAUAUUAAGACUUUGAAGCCGCCUGGUGGAUGGAAAUAAGCAGCAAUGUUUUUUCUGGCAUGUAAUAAUAAAGUUACUCCAUUCA